GGGUGCGGGUUUUCACUCCAGCUCCGCUCUGAACGAGCUAAAUCAGAUGGGUACCGUCUUAACUGCACCCCUUUAAUAUCGCCUCUCUCUUCUUCGGGUGCUGCUGCUUUAAGAGAGCUUGAAAACCCGCGGAAGAACCGACCCCUCCAGGACCAGGAUUGGGGACUCAGGCUGGACUGUCGGGCGCUUUGCUCAUCGCUUCUUUUUUUUUUACUGUCACCUUUUCGUAUGCCAUUAAAAAAGAACACCAAACGAACCGGACGCUUCGCUGAAAAUAAAAACAGAGCAACAUUUUGGAUAGUUGGUGACGAGGAGCUGUUUGCCCGUUGGUCUGCAUUAAUAAUACACUGUCAAGAAGCUGCUGUUUAUUUGGAGUCCAAACCCGACGACGAAUGGCCCAUUUCUCGGCUUUUGUGUGUGCCAAAUAUGCCGAAGGACGGACUGCUGGCCCUGAGAAUCCCGAGAUGAAAUAGGAAGUCCGUAUCUUUAAAUAUCGUGACAUUUACACUCGGACUUGACGAGACACACUUGGUCCAAGAGGUUUUCUGAGACUGGCGUUUGAAGAAUAUGAGUCAGUAGUUGCACUUUACUGAGUUGGAACGAAAGAUUUUCCAGAUUUUUUGGCUUGAAUUGCCCGGAAUCGGCUUUCAAUAAUGACAGAUUAAAAACACUUCGAGAUUAUUCUACCGGCGGGUUAUGCUGCACGUUUAUAGAUGAGGGCAAUUGAGAGGAGCAGCCGUCGUCUCAUUUUUUGUGAUGUGAUUUUUUUAUUUUCUCUUUGUUUUUGUAGGUAGUGCGAGAAUGGUGUCAAGAUAGUCUCCUGUUUUGAUAACUUUUGCAGGGGACGCCUGAUCCUGAGCCUCAACCCCUUCUUUUUUUUCCUGAAAAGUGUCAUACACACACUGAUGUAUCGGGCACAGUAAACGUUAAUUCGCUUAACGUUGACAUCCUUAAACCGUCUCUUCCAUUCUGGGAUUUGGGAUUAUUCAAAAGAAGAUGGCAAGUUGAUUGAGGAUUACGUGUACAUAUUGUAAAGGACCCGAUCUGCAUGAGAAAUCUGUAGGCAGAACACCGGGAUUAUUACAUUGUUGGUAUUUUUUUUUUUCAUUGCUAAAGACAAAAGGAAGAAACGUGGAGCUUUUGGGAAGUCUGACGACAAGAGACGCCUUUUUGUACAGUCCUCAACAUUUGGGACUUGCGAUGAGGUGUUAAUGCCUUAUCCUCAGUUCUGGAGACCUAGACCUAAAUGGCGCAGCAUGAUUUUGCUCCUGCCUGGCUUAAUUUUCCUACUCCACCAUCAUCAAAGCCCUCUCUGAACUGUGAGAAGCUGCCUGAAGCUUCUGUGCGUCUGGACAACCGCAGUGAUGUGAAUCGCAGACGACAUAAUUCUUCAGAUGGGUUUGAAUCAACCAAUGGUUGUCCAGGAGGAGGAGGUUUCGGAAGGAAAGAAAAGAACGGCUGGAGAGGACGAAGUGGUGCCGAAAGUGGGGGUACUCGCGGGGGCGUCCGUGUUGGGGGUCAUUCCCGCUCCAGGCCUGGCGCCUGCCACGGGGCAAAAACCAAGCUUCUGAACGAGAAUGGCUCUGGGGAGAAUGGACAUGGGAAGAGAGACGAAGGGGACACGCGCAAGCAGUUUGGGGCUGAAGAUUUUCCAUCUCUUAAUCCAGAGUCCGAAAGAGAGCUCAACCAGAACAAAGCUGUUGCCGGCGGUGUGUGGGAACACCCACCAAACCCCAAAUCAAGAACUUCCAAAAUGAUGGUUAUAAAGAGAAUCCCAAAGGAAGACCAGUCCUCUGCAUAUCCUGCCACCUGUCCUGCCCAGCAUCUUUCCUCGAAGAAUGGCACUGGCCUCACUGUCUACAAGGGCCUGGUGCCCAAGCCAUCUGCUCUGCCUGUAAAGGGCAGCCGUUCCAGUUCUUCUUCACCUGUGGACAAAAUGAGUCAGCCUCGUUUAAUGAAACUGACCCGGGUGCGAACAGACAAGAAGAGUGAAUUCCUUAAAGCUUUGAAACAGGACAGAGGGGAUGUCGAAGAUCUUGAUGAAAGGAGUCAGUGCAAGGGUAACGAAAUCCUCCAUAUGCAAAACGGCAACAACAGCCUCCGGCAGAGGGAUGAAAAUCUCAACUCCUAUGACCCUGCUGCCCGCCGGGAGAAUGGGAAUGGGAACGGCACAGCUCCAGGAAUGACCCAGCAGGUCAUCUGCUCCCCGGCGUUUCCCCAGGCAGACGUGCUGUCCAGCUCGCUGGAAGCAGAGCACAGGCUCCUGAAAGAGAUGGGCUGGCAGGAAGAGAAUGAGAAUGACGAGACCUGUGCUCCCCUCACAGAGGAUGAGAUGAGGGAAUUCCAAGCCAUAAGCGAACAGUUGCAGAAAAAUGGCCUUAGGAAGAAUGGUUUUUUAAAAAACGGCCUUCCCCAUGACUUUCUCGGAACCUGGAGAAACCACGCUUUCCAACCCACCGCCGAGAACGAUGACACGGAAACGAGCAGCAGCGAUACGUCGGAUGACGAAGUUUGAAAGGUGUGGAUUGCCACAGUUGCGACUUCACUUUAAUCCGUUCUGGAGCGAGCUGCAGCAGUUAGGAAAAUAAAAGGACUCCAGUCUGAGUUUGAGCAAAAUAGCUGGCUGAGAUGCUAGAGGAGCGUUUUUCUGAAGAUACGGCUAUCGUUGGGACUUGAAAGAAUGUUUGCUUUUUUUUUUUGCUUUGUAAAUGGCCCCUGUAGAGAGAAGAGAAGUUUGGGUUGGAUUUCAUGUUGGAAUUGCUUUUGUCACUAAAAAAACAAACAAACUUGUCAACUGCAAUGUGAAAGAAUCCAUUUUGGAAAGAAUCAAUAAAAUGAUUGCAAUUUAAAAAU